AUGACGUCUACUAAGGUCUUCGGGGGUUACCAUGCCAUCGCGUUGCCAUUACCACACAGCUCGUUCCAGCAUUUUAUUUAUGCAAAAAAACACAAUACUAAGCCUAAUGCUACUACUGAAUCCGUUUUAGCUGCUAAUCGUACCGCAUACGUGGUAAAUUUGCCUGUCAACACAUCGGAAACGUGGCUUCGAACGUGUCUGGAACCUCUUGGUGCUAUUCAACACGUUGUUGCUGGCUCUGGAGGACAAUUUUACGAAGAAAAGGAUGAUGAACAUAUUGCCAGUGAUAUCACAACUACUCGCACUGCUCACAUUGUGUUUAAAGCCGAGGAACCACUGGACAAAAUGCUUCAAGUCGAUACUUUAGAGACACCGAUUCCAAGAAGAAUAUGCGGUCUACAAGCAUACGCAGCCAAGUACCGUCGUAAUCGUCCUGGAUUGUCGGUCCUAAAGGAGAUAGCGGAUCGCUAUAUGGCGUCGUUUGAUAAAAGAGAAGAGGAGGAUUUGCGUCGACGUGAAGAAUUAAAGAAUCAAGUAGACGAUGAUGGAUUUCAGACAGUGGUUAAUACCAAAAAACGUGGUAUUGUCCAAGCAGAUGAAGUGCUGGUUCGACCUGCCAAGAAGCAAAAGAGCAAGGAGAUUAACAAUUUCUACCGGUUUCAAACGCGUGAAAAGAAGCGAGGCCAACUAAAGACACUACGUGAACGUUUUGAAGAAGACCGUCAACUGGUUGAGAAGAUGAAGAAGGCCAAUAAACUUCGACCUGAGUAG